CAAGUGCACAAGACUUAUCUGAAGACACGAUCUGGACCAAAGACUUCGACCAUGGAGCAACUUGCAUCUCAAAUUCUUGCAACCAUCGAAAGGCUGGGAGGUAAGUUAAUUAGUCUAAGUUUAACAUGCAUUAUUCGUCUAAAAAAAAAAGCAGUUUAGUGACUGAGAGAGCUUUUCUGAACUUUGUUCGUUUUGCGUCGUGUUAUUAAAUAUCUCUGACUACAGCGUUUUCCGUCGUGUUAUGAACUAUCUCUGACAACAGCGUUACUCGUGACAGUUGUUUCUCACGGAAUAUCAGGACUUGCAGCCCGUUUUCAACAUGAUUCCAAAAGAUUUCCACCUUACGACAGUUUUAACAUUUAACCAACGGAUAUUCGUCGAGUCUUAAAUAUUUGGGAUAUCGCGUUAUGCUAAACGCAUCGCAGGUAACGGCUAAAAUUCCAAUUUAAGGAGCUGAAACGUGAAAGUCCUAAAUGUUAAAAUUAAACUCAUCAUCAUAAUCCACAUGUAGAAUACGCAAUGCAGGGGGUAUGGAAAUGCUUAUCAUGUAGCUAUGCCAGCAAAGUGCAACGACAUGUUAAUGUUGCUGCAAGUGGACAAAGUUUUUGUUUUACUAAUGGCCAAAAACAUGUCAUCGAGGUACCUCGAUCGGCUCCAGAGGAAAAGAAACUGACGGGAGGUGUGGCGAGUAACAUGGUCUGUUUUGGAGCCAAAUUCGAGGACUACGUACAAUGGAACAGGUUUUUAUGGUGCGACUCACCCAGGGUGGGUUUAACCAUUUGUGGACGAAAAUUUGGUUGUUUGGCCUGUCUAUGUAUUCUUCAGGGAUAUGUAGAUAGAUGAAUUAAAAAAAUUAAAAAAAAGAACAUGAGAAAAAUAAAUAAAACCCCUGAUUUAUUGGGUGAAAGGUGAUGAUUUUCUGCAACACACUUGAUGAUAUCUCAUGGCACAGCGGUUGGGAAUUACUUAUCAAUCAAAUCAUUUCAUGCAUCCUUCAGUUUUUCCUCAUUCAUUGUUUUACUUCUUUUCUGCAGAGAACUUAUUGGAGCACCCUCUGAGUUUAACAGAUUUGGACCGGAUGAGCGACGGUGCAACAAAGUCUGCAAGCAGGGAAACGUUCAUUUUGGCUGAGCUGAUUGAAACGGAAAAGGCUUACGUGCGAGACCUGCGAAAGUGCAUUGAUACUUACAUGAGAGAGAUGUUGACCCAAGAGGAGGAGAUCCCUGCAGGACUCAACAAUAUGCAGCAUGUCAUCUUCGGGAACUUGUUGGAGCUUUAUGAAUUCCAUCAUAAGAUCUUCCUCAAGGAACUGGAAAAACAUGAAAGCGCCCCUGAAGAUGUCGGACAUUACUUUCUCAAAUGGGCUGAGAAGUUCCAGUUAUAUGUGGACUACGGCAAGAACAGUGACAAGUCCACUCGGCUCAUCCUGGAGCAUACUGUCAACUAUUUUAAUAAAAUUCAGCAGAAGCACGGACUGGCAUUCUCGUUACUAUCUUUCCUGAUCAAGCCAAUACAGAGAAUGACAAAAUAUCCACUCCUGUUAAAGAAUCUCCUCGAGUGCUGUGAAGAUGGGAAAGGAGUACUCAAGGAAGCUCUGGAGGUGAUUCUGGGCAUUCUCAAGAGAGCCAACGAUGCCAUUCAUUUCUCCGCGCUGGAAGGUUUUGAUGAGAGCAUUGAAUCCCAUGGGGGAAGAAUAUACAACUCUUUCUCCUGAAAAAUUCCUUGCUGGUCUGCAAGGUGGUCAAGGAUGAGAAAGGCAUGAAGAAAUAUAUUUACAAGAAAAAAAUUAACCUAGCUGAUGUAAAGCUGACAGAAAACCAUAAGGGAGACCCUGGCAAGUUUGUCCUCAGGGUGGGCCGCACGUUGAUGUCGAGCAAAAGAAUUGUUCUUAAGGCGUCAACUGUUCAAACCAAGCGGGAGUGGAUCGAGCAUAUCCGGAAGCUAAACAAGGAGCCCACCCUCUACCUGCCGGGGACACUCAAACAGCCAAUGGGCAUUCCUAAAGCCAUCGCAGCAAAGCUCUACAAGAGGCAAAGGUGAAGGGCGUAAACUACAGUGGCUUCGAUGAUUCCAUCAAAGUGGCUCGGCGUCCUUUUUGUUGUUUUUUGCAGCAUUUGUGAAUAUAAUUUCUUGUACAUAUUGUAGAUAGUUAUGUAUUUGAUCAAAUAAAAUUUCAUUGUUAU